AUGGAAGAAGAAAUUAUCAACUUUAUACAAGAAUACCAAGAUAUCAAUGGUACAUACAUCCACACUUACGACUCGCCACCAACCCCAGUGGAAUUCCUCAGGAAUUGUGUGCAUCCCAACAGGCCUGCAGUGAUAAAAAAUGCCAUAUCGCAUUGGCCAGCUAUGAAACGAUGGAGUGAUGACUAUUUUCGGGAGAAGAUGGGUGAAUCGAUUGUUACAGUGGGAACCACGCCAAAUGGCUACGCAGAUGCAGUGACCUAUGAUCCGAAAACAGAUCGCGAGUACUUUGUGCUGCCACAUGAAGAAUCGAUGCCUUUUAACGACUUUCUCGACAUCAUCGAAGGAAAACGCAACACACCCCAUGCGCACUAUAUCUCAUUACAAAACGACAGCUUGCACACCGAAUUUGCAGCACUUAAAGACGACAUUGAUGAAGAGGUAUCAUGGUGUAGCGAGGCACUUGGCAAAAAACCGGAUGCUGUCAACUUUUGGAUGGGCAACGACAAGAGCAUUACAUCAUUGCACAAAGAUCCCUAUGAGAAUUGCUAUGCCGUUAUACGUGGUGAAAAAACGUUCGUGUUGCUACCGCCAUCAGAAUACUAUUGUCUCCAUGAAUCCACUUUUCCAACAGCCAUUUAUUCUCCUUCAAUGGAUUUGACCCCGCUUGACCCUCCUACUGAAACACCUUGGAUACCUGUGGACCCUUUACAUCCAAACCUUGAACGUUUUCCUCGCUUCAAGUAUGCUCGUCCCAUUGUUGUCAAGGUAAAAGCGGGUGAGAUGCUGUAUCUUCCUGCACUCUGGUUCCAUCAGGUUUUGCAACAUGGUGACGAAGGUGUUAUUGCCAUUAAUGCGUGGUAUGACAUGGAUUAUCGCAACACAUUAUACCCCAGCAUGAGCUUUGUUCGUGGUCUCGUUCAUCGUUGUCUAUGA